AUGACAGAAUCCAAAGCGAGCAACCCACCAAAGGAACCUUCAGCUUCCCCGCAACCUUCCAAAGGCAAUUUUGUGUUCAAGCGACCCAUUGAUACCGAGGACGAACCACCAAACAGCACUCAAACAGAGGCUAUCAAUAUUGAUCGGCAGCAUGCCUUCUCCUUUAUGGCCGCUACCAAUAUUGCUCGUCCGUCUACCAACAAGGUGCCGCAGCAAUUCCCUCCCGAACCAACUGCUUCCUCGUCUCAAACUAUUAUUGUGCAACUUGGAGAGUGA